CCACCCUCCUCCUCUCUCUCUCUCUCUCUCUCUCUCUCUCUCUGGUGAGCGGUGGUUCCCUGGAGUUUUAGCUUCAUAGCACAGUAAGCAAAAGCUGCCAUGUUACCCUGUUCACCGCACCACCGUAGCUUACGCAGACCCUCAACCACAAUUGGGUACCUCUAUCUCCUCCUCUUCUCUCUCCUUUCCACAACCUCCACUUCUUGCUCCAAUGGAAGCUGCCAGCUUCUAGAAGCUUGUGCUGCCGCCACGGACUGUGGCCCGGGCCUUUACUGUGGCAACUGCCCUGUUUCCGGCAAGACUCAACCGGUUUGCACCAGAGGCCAGGCUGUCAUACCCACUUCUGUUGUUAAUGGGUUGCCGUUCAACAAGUACACGUGGCUGGUGACUCAUAACUCCUUCAGCAUCGUCGACGCACCGCCUUUGCCUGGUGUCCAGAGGCUCACAUUUUACAAUCAGGAAGAUACAGUGACUAACCAGUUGAGGAAUGGAGUGAGGGGGUUGAUGUUGGAUAUGUAUGAUUUCGAGAACGAUGUCUGGCUUUGCCAUUCAUUUCGGGGGCAAUGCUACAACUUCACUGCGUUUCAACCUGCAAUUAAUACUAUGAUGGAGGUGGAAGCAUUUUUGAGCGAGAACCCGGCAGAGAUUGUGACUAUUAUAAUUGAGGACUAUGUGCAUACUACGAAAGGGUUAACAGCAUUGUUUGCUAAGGCUGGGUUGGACAAAUAUUGGUUUCCUGUGUCCAAAAUGCCAAGGAAGGGUGAUGACUGGCCCACUGUGACUGAGAUGGUGCAAGACAAUCACCGGCUUAUUGUUUUCACCUCUGAUGCUACAAAAGAAGCACAGGAGGGAGUAGCUUACCAGUGGAAGUACAUGGUGGAAAAUGAAUCUGGAGAUCCUGGGGUCAAACCAGGUUCGUGCCCUAAAAGGAAAGAAUCAAAGGCACUGACUUCAAAAAGUGCCUCUCUUUUCUUCCAAAAUUAUUUCCCAACGUAUCCAGUUGAGACCGAAGCUUGCAAAGAGCAUUCAACUCCACUUCAAGCAAUGGUCGGAACCUGUUACAAAGCAGCUGGGAGAAUGCCAAACUUUUUGGCUGUCAACUUUUACAUGAGGAGUGAUGGCGGAGGUGUAUUUGAUGCUGUUGAUAGAAUGAAUGGACCAACACUUUGUGGGUGUAGUACCCUUGCUGCCUGCCAGGCUGGAGCACCUUUUGGAUCCUGCAAGAAUGUUUCUGUACCUGCUAGAAGUCCAGCAAUCAACAAUGCUGGAAGCUUUACUGGUUCUGUUCAGUUUGCAAAUUCUGCUUCAGCGCUUAGUUCUACGAAUCGUAUUAUUGCAUUUCUAUUCUAUCUUCCACUGAUGGCAUUUUGGUUAUGACUGCAACAUCUACAUACUAGGAUAGGUAGUGAGUUAUUUCUUGAGGUGUUUCUACUAUAUUAUAUCAUACUAAACUAUAGAGCAGUGGCUGAGCACUCUGUCUAGUUGUGUGGAAAGUGAAGGUUGACCGGUAGCUAGAGUAAUGACACGUCAUUUUAAAAAAAGAAGAAGAAGGUAUUUGUAUGACUUGCCGAAGAAAACAUAACAUAUGCAACAAAUUAUGGAGUUGCACACUUGCACCUGAAGAUGAUAGUGACCAUGAAGCGCCAAGACAGAGUUCAGGUGUUCUGUCAGGAAAUGGUGUAAUGUAGAAUGAAUAGAGGAUUGUACGGCCUAGCAUCUAUAGAACUGCAGCUGCUCGUAUUAUCAGUAUUAGGUUUGCAAAAGAGUUUGUAUUAGCAUUUCACGUCGGCUAUGGUGUGCUUUCAUUAGAUUUUUUUCCCACUUAAUAAAGUGAUCGUUCAAACA